GCAGACGAGACUCUCUCGGCGAUAAUCGCACUUCUCUGCGCGUCAGCUAUCCGGCUUCUUCCCUAUAUACACCGGUUUGCGCUCCCUUCAAAAACGAGUCUCGAGCGGAUAUUCGUAUAUUUCUCUCUUUUAAAGUCCAGAAGGGUCGCGCGCCAAGCCACUGUGUCGAAACAACAAAAUAACGACGACGACAACAAUAACAAAAAAAAACAACAACAACGACAACAGAUCGGUGUCCGAGAUUUCUCGUGUGUUACAAAAUAUUAUGACCUACGAGGACUCGACCGUUAAUUAAUGGAUUUUCGAAAUUUCUUCUCGAUAGUACGUAUGUAGCGAUACGUCUGUUACGUCAUAUCAGUUUGAAUAACAAAAUUUGUCCGUGGCUCCGAGUGCUCACUCGUUCGAUUUGAAAUAAAACUUUGUCAGUAUAGUUCCGUAUUCCGUUUCGUAGUCAAGAUCAUUCGAAGGAAGCCUGGGAUAAAUUCAACAAUGGGAGCAUAUCUGCAAAUGCGCAAAAGCUUCUCCCGGCGACUCAGCGUGAUACCGGAUCACAAGAAGGGAACCAUCCAAGCCGUCGUGAUAACGGGCUGCGAUUCGGGCCUCGGUUACAGCUUGGCUCUCUACUGCAGCGAUCUGGGAUUCAAAGUCGUAGCGACGGUCCUCGAGCCCGAUGGCCCGGCCGCCGAGAGACUGCGAGAGCUCGGCUGCCUGGUCUACAAGGUCGACUACACGUGUCAAAACGACGUGAAGCAAUUCGCCAAUGAAAUCGACGCGCUGAUACGCGAUUCGCGCGACGACUGGGAAAUACGAGCCCUGGUCAACAAUGCCGCCGUGAUGAUGUUCGGCGAGUUCGAGUGGCUGCUGCCGAAACACGUGGAGACGCACUUCGAGGUCAACGUUCUCGGCCCGAUGAAGCUCACCAAGGAGCUGCUGCCGAUCCUGCGCAGGGACAAGUCGCGACUGAUCAACGUCGUCAGUCACUGCGCCCUCGAGGCGCUUCCGGGCCUGUCGGUCUACAGCGGCACCAAGAGCGCCAUGCUCGGCUGGAACAACGCGCUGAGGGUCGAGCUGGGCAAGUACGGCGUCAAGGUCGUGGCCUUUGUACCAGGUUCCUUCAUAAUGGAAAGCGGCCUGAUGCGCUCGCAGAUAAAGCAGUUUUCCGAGAUGCACAGGUCCAUGAAACCCGAGGUCCAGUCGUUUUACAACACGGGUGGCUAUUUCGACAGAUACACCGAUUAUCUCUCGGCCAUCAGCAAAAUCCCCGAUAACAAGCCCCGGCCACUCGAGAACCCCAAAGUAUAUCAAGUUUUCGACUCGGCUCUCCUCGAUGAAAAACCCAACGCCAUUUACAAGUGCGAGCCGAUGCGCUACCAGAUGUACCACACUCUCUUCAAAUACUUGCCCACCUUCAUGAGGGACAAGCUCGUCGAGAGAUUCAUGCAGAUGCCUGCCUGGAAUCCGAGCAUUCGCCAAGUCAAAGCUCUGCUCACCCGCAAGAUUUAAAAUGUGUGCCGUCAAUGUUCCUCGCCUGCUCCAAUGCAAAUUGUAUAUAGAUCAUAUAUAUUACUCAUAAAAAAUAUCGUAUCAAUUAUCGUUACAUGUAUAUAAAUAUUUAGUCAAGAGAAAUUGUUUGUUUUUUUGCUUCACACUUGCUCGUGAGUCGAUAUCACGCGACGCAUUGAAUAAUUAACCAUUGUGUGUAUGUGCAAUUCUAUGAAAAAAAAUAUUACCGACUCAGCGUAACUUAGUGGCUUCUAUCUGUAAGAUGUAGUAUUAUUCACACUUCGUGACAAUUUUAAAAGAUAUUAUUUUACCAUUUGAUUCGGAAAAAGGAAAAUUGUGACAGUUCGCGUUAAAGCAAUCAAAAUGAUUAAAAAAAUCAC